CUGGCAUUAGUAACUAAUCCACCAAAUUCGGGCGAUUAGUGUACUAAUCUCGGCAAACAUGGCGGAAGAUUUGUCUUACUUUGCAGAGUAUGUGUAUGAAAACGAAAUAAUACAAAAUUACUUUCGAAUUCCACGACGAUUAGUUUGUGAUCGAUCCAAUCCUAUUGAAAAGCUUGACGAUCAACUGUUUAUCGAAAGGUAUAGGCUUUCUAAAAGAACUGUUAUACUUGUAUGUGACGAAAUCAAGCACCUCUUGCCAUCAUAUAAUACAAGAAGAAACCAUCCUAUAUCGCCUCUAUUGCAGUUAUUGAUCACUUUACGUUUUUAUGCCACUGGAAACUUUUAUCACGAAGUGGGAGAUCUGACUUCAACAUCGAAAUCAAGCGUAUGUAGGAUAAUUAAAACUGUAUCUAAAGCUUUGGGGAGCCUUUCAAAAAAGUACAUCGCAUUUCCAUCGACCAUGCUGGAAUAUAGAAAAGUCAUUAAAAAAUUUUAUGAUAUUGCUAAGUUUCCAGGUGUUAUAGGUGCUAUAGAUUGUACUCAUAUUCCAAUUUCAUCUCCUGGAACAAAUGCAGAAUUAUUUAGAAAUAGGAAAGGUUAUUUUUCAAUCAAUACCCAGGUAUGUUAA